AUGCCCAUCACUCAGGACAACGCGCUGGGCAUCCUCCCACUGCUCGAGGAGUGGCUUGUGGCUCAGACCAGGGGAUCUCAGCAAGAGUACAACCUAAAUCGGGACACUUCUUGCUUAAAGCAUGUGGAUCAAGACUCCUACCAAAAUGGAGAAGGGGAUAGUGUGUGCAAUAGCAGCAGUGUUAACAGUCUUAAUAUCAAGGACAUGUCCCUGUGUCUGGCUGCCAUUCAGAAACUGGUGGAGUACAUCAGUUUCAACUUCAUGGAGGGGGACACAGCUCCAUCAGCCAGCCCAUCCUCCUGCAGGGAGGGCUUAGAUGUUGAGGUACAUGCUGUUUGCCUCAGUAAAGAGGAAGGGGAUGCAGCUGAGUUUGGCCUAAGCUUUGGGAACAUUCCUAUUUUUGGGGACUCUGAUAGAAGAAAGAAGGGAGGCCCGAGGAGGAGGAGGGACCAGAACCCCAUUAUGGAUGUGGGCUGCAUUUGGGUGACAGAGGUGAGAAAGAGGAGCGCAGCGUCCCUCUGUGGGAGGAUCAAACUGAGGGACGAACUGCUGUCACUGAAUGGGCAGCUGAUGGUGGGAGUAGAUGUCAGUGGAGCCAGUUACCUGGCUGACCAGUGCUGGAAUGGAGGCUAUAUCUACCUGAUACUGCUACGGCGAGUCAAGCGAAAGGCUCCUCUCCCUCCCUGUGAUGCCGAUGGCAGAGACAGAGCUGUGUCUGAACCGCCUGACAGUUCAGCGAACUGCAAACGCACACGCAAGUUUGGUGUCAUAUCACGAUCCUUCUUCAACCGAGACAACAGAGACAGGGACAGCACUGACUCAGAAGUCCAGGGCUGUUACAAUGGCCACAACUCUUCAAUUUCCACUGAUGCAGGAGUCAGUCCACCAGGAGAUGACUCAGGUUGCAUCCUAUCCACUCAUACAACCACAGAGGAAAGCCCAGACACCGUUCCUCACAUGAGAACUGCUCAACAGCAUCUCUACAUACAAGGUGCUGCCACCCUGCCUGCAAUGUGUCACAGUCAGCUGUUGGAAUACAAAAUGGAUUCAUUUAGCAGUGAACCUUCAAACCAGCCUAGAGAAAGCAGUCACAUCUGGAAGAUGCACCUGGUGAAGGGUCAGGAGGGCCUGGGCAUACAAAUAACUGGGGGGCGUGGCUCCAAGCGCUCUCCUCAUGGCAUCAUUAUAGCUUAUAUAGAGGAAGGGGGAGCCAUCCACAGGGAUGGUCGUCUCCAUGCUGGGGAUGAGUUGCUGAUGGUUAACGGUCAGUCUCUGGUGGGUCUCACUCAUCAAGAGGCCGUUGCUAUCCUACGCUCCACUACUGGUCUGGUCCAGCUGGUGGUAGCCAGCAGGGAGGAGUCAGAUGUGGGUUUCCAGCACUUCCCAUCCACCAGUCUGCCAGACCUGGUCAGCACCUGCAGCUCCUCAUCCUCCCUAUCUCAGACUGCUCUGCCUUGCUCACCCCAGACCUCUAAGAGCAGCACCACUCUGCACAGCCCCUACCUGUUGACUAAUCUGGAGAAACUAGAAGAACAAAGUCAGGGAGAGGCACCCAAAGCAUCCUGCUCUAGCCCUACACCCAUGAAGCUCUGCAGUCGAUCCCAGGGGGGCAGCAGUCGCCUGGAGUCAGUGGGUGAGGAUGAUGAGCUGUUUGUGGAGAAUGGUGGGAGCAGCUGUGACGUAGUGGAGAAGCCUCCACCAGGCCGACGUAAACACUCCUUACCUCAACAACUGGAUACUGCAGGUGUGAGACAGGAAUAUCAGAUCAUAAAGAAAUCAGCUCGCUCCCUGAGCACCAUUCAAGUGGAGUCACCAUGGCGACUGGCACAACCAUCCAUUAUCUCCAGUAUAGUGCUGAUGAAAGGCCAGGGCAAGGGCCUAGGAUUCAGUAUUGUUGGUGGGCAGGACUCAGCACGUGGUCAGAUGGGGAUUUUUGUCAAGACUAUUUUCCCUCAUGGAGCUGCAGCAGCUGAUGGACGACUGAAAGAGGGUGAUGAGAUUCUGGAGGUGAACGGCGAAUCUCUCCAAGGACUCACCCAUCAACAGGCCAUCCAGACCUUCAAGCAACUGAAAAAGGGUGUGGUGACACUGACCAUUCGAACUCGUCUGCGCAGUCCCAGUCUGACACCUUGUCCAACCCCCACCCUCCUUAGCCGCUCUAGCUCACCCAACUCCAAUACCAGCGGGGGAACACCAGUCCCCUCUGGGCUCGAAGAAGCUGAUGGCCGCAGGCCCGGUCCUGGUCCAAAAGACUGCAUCAUCAUGGAGGUCACACUUAGUAAAGAGUCUGGUGUUGGUCUGGGGAUUGUCGUUUGUUGUCUGACCCUGGAGAACUCUGCUCCUGGCAUCUACAUCCAUAGUCUGGCACUGGGAUCUGUGGCCAAGAUGGACGGCAGGCUCAGUCGUGGAGAUCAGAUACUUGAGGUUGACUCUGUCAGUCUUCGUCAUGCUGCUCUCAGUGAGGCCUACGCCAUCCUCAGUGAAUGUGGCCCUGGUCCGGUCAGUCUCAUUAUAAGCAGGCACCCAAACCCCAAAGUAUCAGAACAGGAGAUGGAUCAUAUUAUAGCUCGAUCCACACACCGGGACAAAAUGAGCAAGAACAGACAUUCAUCUCAAUCCCAAGGCCUGUCCUGUAAGAGCCCCUCCCCAACAAUGAAGGACAGGCAGGAAGAAGGCUCCCCUGCUCUCAGCUGGACCAUGAAGAGAUUCCUUGAGCCUGCCAGUAGAGAGUCCCUGAACUCAGAGGUAGAGUUAUCUCAAUACUUCUCCCAGGACAUUUCCAGCCACUCAUAUAUGUCUGAAAACAUGCUAAUGGGCUCGAACAGUGAUGAGGCCCUCCACCAGCAGAGCUGCAGUACUUCCAUAGAUGACAACUCAACACAGCCACAUGUGGAAAGUGGUCCUGCAUUACAAGGCAAGACCCCUGUCCCUCCUAAUCAUCAUGUGGAAGCAGUUUACCCACAGGUUGCUGUUUGUAGCCCCACCUCAGUGCGGAGUCCACUUCUGCGUCAGCGACGGGUGAUAUGCUUUGAGAAUGAGCUCAGUGAUGAUGAGGACUCUGACAACGCUGGAAACACUUCACUCUACCACAGGCCAACAAAGUGUGACUCUGUUGACUUCAGUGAUGCCCAAGCAUCCCAAAUUUCCAAAACUGAAACAUCAUUGUUAGAUAUUGAUGGGGACAGUGAAGAUUGUGGGGAAUUGCAGAGAUGUGGAAGCAAUGAUAUGACAACACAACUUUAUAGUAGUUUGUCAGAGGAAGGAGAGAGUUUUACCAUCAAGUCUGAGUCACCUGCUUCUGAGUCACCCUUCAUACCUAUUCACUGUCCCUUUGAUCACAAUGCAGGGGUGACAGGCAAUAUGGGCUCGGGGUCCAGUAAUCUGACCAUCAGCAGUGAGGACAAUACAAAUCAAGAUGAUGGACAGUUGGAGUCAAAGCGCUCCCCCAAGCUUGAGCACAAAGCAGUAACACGGGUCAAAACUAUGAUGAGCAAUGAAACACCAAAUCUGUCCCAGCAACAAAAACCCAAAGUUAAUGAGCCAUCUUUUUUCAUGGCCCCAUCCCAGCCCAAUUCCCAUGCCACACAGUGUGGAAGAAACCCCAGGACUGUCCGUCCCCAUCAGCACUGUAAGAAGGGAGAUGCCAGUGAUCUUGUGGGUGUUUGUACCAUUGACACUGUGACCCUGAGGAGAAGUAAGAGCGAGUCAUUUGGGCUUGACCUAGAGAUUCUGUCGUCCCCUCUGAAAGUUGUCAUCACUGGGUUAAAGCCUGGAGGUGCAGCAGAAAGGGAAUCUAUGGGAAAGCUUUCUCCUGGAGAUGAGAUUGUAACAAUUGAUGAAAAACUAGUGUGCUCCUCUAGCUACCAGGAAAUCUGUGAGCUCAUGCACAGCCUACCUAUGACACUGUCCUUGGAAGUUAAGAGACCAGUUUCAGCUGUAGAUCGACUGUCCAGUUUGAUAAUGUCAUCAGAGACCAGUGAUGGAGCCACGAGGCUGAACCCAGACACAUCUGUUCAGCGGGUAUCUGAUGAAGGACAAGUAAUAAGUGCAGAUUCAGGGAAUCCCAAUCACACAUCCCAAACAGACCAUAACUUUCAUAUACCGAUCACCAAUAUAGAUGAUAUAUUAUGCGAUAUGAGCCACUGCAGUGAUAUAACUAAGUAUACCAAAUCCCCCUGCAAGUCAUGCCCUGAAUUAAACCUGUAUGAGAAAGAUUGUAUUGAGGUUUCAAUGCAGUUCAGUCCUCGAGAAUGUUCCAACUUUGACACAGGAAGUGAAAAAGGUGCCAUCCUCCCUGUGGAGACAUUUUUAAACAGCUCAUCCACACAUGUGACACAACUAAAGGACAACAGCUCUGCAGUGCUCAAUAGAUCGUGUUCAGAAAGUCCUGAUGCUGGGUAUAGAUGUAUGGACUCCAUAGGAGAUGACGCCAAUUCAAACAGUGACUCUAUCACUGACAGCAGUCUAAAGUUCAGUAAAAUGGCCAGUAGUGGUGGUAGUUCUCAUGAGCACUCCUCAGAUGAGGAAGAAGUAGACUUUUGUUUGUGUGAUGCCCAGCAGCCUGCUGCUGGCGGACAUUCUCAUUUAAGUCAGCCAGCAAACAUGUCUUCACCUUUACAGUGUGCCAACAGACAAAAUGAAAAACUGGAUCAGACUUUUAAUGUGUUGCAGAGCCCCUCUGAUGUAUGCUUGUUAAACAGACAAAACUCUUUUAGAACACCCCAAUGCCUGCAGUCAUUAGGAGUCUCAUCUACUGAGGAACCAUGCAAGUCAUCCAAAAGUACAAUAACCGUAUCUUCUAUAGAGUGCCACAUUAAUAGUAUUAAUGAACCAUUUGACAAACUUAAAGCAUGUUUGACAUCCAAUGCCAGAAGCCUAGGCAUUUGCAGCACGCCUUCAUCACCAGAUACUCACAGUGUCAGUUAUAGUAAUACUACAAAGUUGCAUACAGAUACGUCACUGACCUCAGAUUUAUUGACGCUUUUGAAUACACAAACGGCCAAUUUAGCUUCAUUGAAGUCAGAGAACUCAGGUUCAAGCAUACACGGAUCAGAUACAAGAGUGUUAGCAUCAAUGAUAAUGAAAGAAAAAAUCUUGGAGUGUACAACUAAUUUAAACCCACAUGCUAACCCAUUACUUAAGACCUCCGACCUAAACCUCCUUGAUAAGUCAGACUGUCCUGUGUCAGAAAGUAACUUUAAACUUCAAGAUGAAACUCAAAUCAGACCAAACACUAGUCCCCACAAACUGAGGGGCAAGAGUUUUCAGAGUGAGAACAAACUACUGGAGCAGCCUCCCCAAAAACCUACCAGGAGUAAAAGUCCAACAAACGUACCAUCAACAGCAACCAUGUCCAGCUUUUUGAAGACCAGCAAUGAGCCCAAAGUAAGUGAAAGAAGGAAAGAUUCAACUGAGCACUGGCCUUCAGUUAACACAUUACAAACUGUACAAUUGGCGAAGGAGAAGAACAUCCAUUUAGGCUCCAAAACAUUAGUUAAAUCACAGGGCCAAUCUCACCCUUCCGCCAUGCAGAGAACAUUUAUAGAAGUUCGACUGUUCUCCUUACCUGGCUCAUCAUCUCCAGUUAAUGCUUGCAAUGGGACAGUGAAUUCAAAAGACUCUAAAUGCAUUCAAAGAAGCACAGAUGCAAGAUUGACACCUCUGCUUUCUCCUGCCAACUCAACAGUAGAAAAAACAAGUGGCAUUGUCAAUAAAACAGUAUUCAAUUCAUUGUGUCCUACCAAAGAAACUAAAAUAACCACAAGUAAUAGCUCAAAAGCCAGUACUAUUGUGGAAACAAGUGGGACCCUGACAUCCAGCACAUCUAGACUGUACAUAAAGACAAUGGAGAGACAAAGCUUUUCCACAGAUACUGCCUUGUCUGUGGACUACAAUUCCUUUUCUGUCCGACAUAAGAUAAAGUCCUUUGAAAACCUGGCUAACUUUGAUAAGCCUGUGGCUAAAAGCAGUGACAGUCAGUUGUAUACUCUGGCGUAUAGAGCCUCUAUUAACCAUAGGAUUUCUGGUUAUAUGGGCUUAGUUAAUACUACCGACUGGACACAGCGAAGGAGUGUGGAGAAUUUAAUCCCUACCACACCCUGCUCACCUCCUCUUAGAAAAUCUCCAUCUAGUAUUACACUGAUAAACCUUGAGCUUCCAAAUGCAAGCUGCAACACAGCUGUCCUAACUCUGGACAAUGCUGAGACUGACAUUAAAAAAGCUUCAGAUGGGUUUGCAUCACAUACCCCUCCGGUGCUGCGGAGGAAACAUGCCAGACUUCACAACAGCAGGUUGCGGCAGCUCAGGGCUCUCAGUAUGCCUGAAUUGGAAAAACUAUGCACAGAGGACUUUUCCAAACAUGGUAAUGCCAUAGAUGAAACUGAGCCUGGCAUCCAUUCCACUAUACCUACAACUACAGUGACUGGGAUUGUUCCACCUUCUGCAACCCUGGAUUUAAAUAGGAUGAGCCCAGGUGAUUCUGUAUCCACUGAAGAAACUCCUCAGGGAACCCCAGAGACCCAUAGACAGCAGCCUGGCUUUUCCAUCAGUUUAAAGGAACUGGUUGCUUCUCCUAUGAGUCAGUGUAAACUGCAAACAAUUCUGUCUUCCGUGACAAAUAAAUCAUAUGUGUCAGCCCUAAUCCAGGAAGCUCAAGCCCUCUCUGAGGUUAACGAUAAUACUCACCUUGUUGUCCUGAGUAAAGAGGAAGGCUCAGGGCUUGGUUUUAGUAUUGCUGGUGGAGUCGACCUUGAGCAGAAGGCAAUAACUGUUCAUCGGGUCUUCACCAAAGGUGCAGCUAGCCUGGAAGGCACAAUCCAGAGAGGUGACAGCAUUUUAUCCAUAAAUGGCAUAAGUCUGGAUGGUAAAACCCAUGGAGAGGCCGUGUCUUGCCUUCAUCAAGCCAGACCUUCCAUUCAGGCCUUAGUAGUCAUUUGGAGAGACAAUGACAGUGAAUUGAGUCUCUCUGACAGACAGUCAGCUAGCCAGCCAAGAAGGAUGUGUCUCUCCAGCAAGACGUCUUUGGAGGCAGCAGCAGGGGUGGAUGUGGGUCCAGAUGGUGCUUUAACAGUGGAGCUUCACAAGACAUCCGCUGGCCUGGGCUUCAGUCUAGAGGGGGGAAAGUCCUCAAGUCCCCAAGGAGACAGACCUCUCAUUGUCAAACGCAUCUUUAAAGGAGGUGCUGCAGAGCUGUCUGGGCUCAUUGAAGUUGGCGACGAGGUUCUGUCUAUCAACGGCUUCUCUCUGGAGGGCCUCAUGCACCAUGAUGCCUGGAAAAUCAUCAAAGCCACUAAUGAAGGGCCUAAUGACCUCCUCAUCCGCAAACCCAGUACAUGACUGUAAUUAACUGAAGGAAAUGGGAACUUCCUGAGAAAUGCCAGUUUGAAACUUGCUCUUUAAAGCAAGCAGUAGAAAUAAGGACAAACGUUUUUCCACUUUUUGUACAUUUUUUUGAUGGACUUUAUUUGAGAUUGUGUAUGAAUUGUCUUGUUACAUGUGUUUGAAAUGUGGUCGUGCUCAAAUUGGAUGGCGUACAGUGCUGAAUUAUGAUGUACAAUGUUAAAUUAUGAUUUAUUUCAAAUGGGAAGAGCAGUUUGUUUACAAUGA